AUGUCAGCUACGUUCAUUGUACGCUCCGUCCUCACGGACGAGGAUACACGUACCAACCUGCUCUACCUCAACCCGCGCGACGCCAAGCGCUUUGUCGGCGAAUCUGGUCGUGUCGUCAUCAACGGCUUUGUCUUCAGUGUCGCCUCUAAUGCCGCCAUUGCGGAAGGGCAGAUUGCGAUGAACAGUAUCCAGCGCCGCCUCCUCGGUCUCUCAACAACGGCGGGCAGCACGGUAACGCUGCAGAAUCCUCCACAGCAUCUUCCCGCCAUUGCGACCAUGAGCGUGCAGGUGGAGCACAUUAUAGCGUCUAAAAAGGGCGGCAUACUCGACUGCAUGGAGUUCAUCGCCUAUUUCCUCAUGCAGUUUGGGGGUCAGUGCUUCCGUGAGUCGCAAAUGUUGGCCGUCGUGCCGGACAGCGGCAUGCGACUUAUUGGAACCGUGACUGCGUUGAAGUGCGAUGGAGAGGCCGCCGUUGGCUUUCUUUCCAGUACCACCAAUCUGAUAGUUCUCGUGAAUGAAAAGAGUGAGAUUACGCUUGGAAAUGUGCCCGACAACCAGCUGGAUGCCCAACAACCACAGUUGAUGCAAAAUUUCAACCUCGAGAGCCUCGGCAUCGGUGGUCUGCGGAAUGAGUUUGCGCAGGUGUUCCGUCGCGCCUUUGCGAGCCGUCUCUUUCCUGCCUCGUAUGUGAAGAAGUUGGGCGUGAAGCACGUCAAGGGUGUCCUGUUGUUCGGGCCGCCUGGCACAGGCAAGACACUUAUUGCGCGCAAGAUUGGCGAGAUCCUCAACUGCCGCCCGCCAAAAAUCGUCAAUGGGCCGGAGGUAUUCAACAAGUUUGUUGGUGGGACAGAGGAAAAUGUGCGGAAACUUUUUCUGGACGCGGAGGCAGAGGCCGCCACGAAGGGCGACCAGUCGCAGCUGCACCUCAUCAUCUUUGACGAGUUUGAUGCCAUCUGCAAGCAGCGUGGUGCUGUGCGGGACUCCACUGGCGUGAACGACAACGUCGUGAACCAACUUCUGUCCAAGAUCGACGGCGUAAAUGCACUCAACAACGUUCUUCUCAUCGGCAUGACAAACCGCCUCGACCUCAUCGACGAGGCGAUUCUGCGCCCCGGCCGCUUCGAGGUACACGUCGAGAUUGGCCUGCCGAAUGAAGAGGGCCGUGCGGAGAUCUUCCGCAUUCACACCCGUGGCAUGCGGGAGAAUGGCGUGCUAGGAAAAGACGUCGAUCUCGGCGAGCUCGCGGCGCUGACUAAGAACUACUCAGGCGCGGAGAUUGAGGGCGUUGUGCGCUCCGCCACAUCCAACGCGUUCAACCGCCACAUCGACCUUGACCACCCAACGGAGCUUAUUGACGCGCGCGAUGUCUUCGUGACACGCCAUGACUUCCUCGCGGCCGUGGCAGAGGUACAGCCGGCGUUUGGACAGGCAAAGGAGGAGUGUAGUAACCUUAAGCGCGGUGGCAUCAUCCACUACGGCAAGCCGUGGGAGGUGGUGGAGGACCGCUGCAGCCGCUACGUUGAGCAACUCAAGGGUGAGGGCAAACGAAUCAACUCACUUGCGGUGCUCAUUGAGGGUUUGCCGGGUUCUGGAAAGUCAGCAGUGGCGGCGUACCUCGCAGAGAAGGCAGACUUCCCGUAUGUAAAGGUUAUCUCCAGCGAGGAUAUGGUUGGCUACGGUGAGAUGCAGAAGGUAAAUAUCAUCCGCAAGGCGUUUGAAGACGCCUACAAGUCACCCGCGAGUGUCAUUAUACUUGACGACCUUGAACGUAUAAUAGAGUUUUCACAUCUCGGUGGACGCUAUAGUAAUGCUAUUCUGCAGGCGAUGCUCGUACUCAUCAAGCGACCGCCAACCGAAGGGAGGAAACUGCUCGUCGUGGGCACAACAGCGCAAUACGAUGUUCUAGACAGUCUCGAGGUAGUCUCGUGCUUCUCUGUGAAGCUACAGAUCCCAACAGUGCCGCCGCAGGCGUUGCAGCAGAUUACGGACGAACUAGGGCUUCCGUUUGCGUCCCAGGAGGAUUCGCGUCACUGCGUGGAGCUUGUUCCGGCGAUGAUGCCUAUUAAGCAGCUACUGCUCGUGCUUGAGAUGGCUUCGGAGAAAGGAUUCCACGGCAAGCAGGUUGUUACAUCCCUUUCAUUUGCUCAGGCACUCGAAUCUGUUGGAGCCCACGGCAACUGA